AUGGAGCAAUCUUCUCCACCAGUCAUUGCCAGACUCUUCAGUGGCACCCUGAGGUUCCCUGGGGGUUUAAUGAGGGAACUCCUUGAUGAGAUCAAGGCGGGCCGCAGAGCCCCACGGCUAGCUCGCAGCGGCAUCUCGCUGGUGGUCCUGGGCCACUUGACCUUGGUGCUGGGGGCCAUUGUCCAUGGCACGCUCCUGCGCCAUGGGGCCCGGCCCGCGCACACCAUCACCUUGGAGUACGCCGUGGCUAAUGUCGUUGCGGUGGCUUCCGGGCUCUUGAGCUUUGCUCCUGGUGUCCUGGCAAUCCUGGUGUCCUGGAGCUUCUCCCACCGUUACCUGCCUUGGAUCCUGGUUGUUAUCGCCCUGGCAAAUGUCCUGAUCUCAGGAGCCUGCUGCGUGGGGCUGGCACUUGCCAUCUCCCUCACUGUUGUCAACAGUGGCCGUCUUCUCUUUACUGGUUGCAACAGUUCUGCCCUUCCAGCUGAUGCCCGCACUGUGAUAACAAACGAGUGCCCUUUUGACACUACCCACAUCUAUGACACAGCCCUGGUCCUCUGGCUUCCUUCCUUGUUGAUGGCAGCAGUGGAAGCCGGUUUGUCUGCCUGGUGUUGCACAGCCUCCCUCUCUCUCUGUGGAAUUGCUGCCAACAGGGUGGAUCACGUGACUGGAUGCUCUUCUGUAUUGCAACACUUCUUGGCUGGCAAGUCGGUGCUGUCAGAGGAGGAGAAGGACGAGGAGGAGGAGCCACCUCCAGCCUGUGAGAAUGCCGGCACCAAAAGAUCCAAGUCUAUAAUAUGA